AUGGGAUCGAUGUUGAUAGCAGACGUCAAUAUGAUUAAGGCCCUUCGGUGCGUAGCUCCUGCCCUUGGGACCCCUGGUCCAACGGUAUUAACAUUCUUCGGCGACAAUAUUAUUGCUUCUGAAGGCAACGAAUGGAAGCGUUACCGCAAGAUCGUCGCACCUGGGUUUUCAGAAAGGAACAAUAGAUUGGUCUGGGAUGCCACGACACAGAUCAUGCUCGACCUUUUUGAUACAAUGUGGGCUGGACAAGAAGAAGUAGUUAUUGCCCUGUUCGUGAUCGGGGCUGCAGGCUUUGGUCGUCCUAUAUCCUGGAAAGAGGACGCUGUGACCCCACUCGGACACCAGCUGACUUUCAAAGAUGCUCUCCGCACAGUGACACAGGACCUCACCCUUACAUUAUUAGUACCGAGAUGGGCCAUGGGGCUCACUACACAUUUCAGGCGUGCAAGGCUUGCCUUCGAUGAAUUGGAUCGAUACCUUACAGAGACGAUUCAUAAACGGCAGGGAUCCAAGGACGAAGAAGAUAAUAACGACCUAUUAUCUAGUUUGUCAUCAGCAAAUGUAGAUUUGUCGAAGGGUGAAGUAAAGCUAACCGACAGCGAAUUAAUCGGUAAGCUACAGUUUCGGGCUCCAGCAGAACAUGGCUACAUCACGACGGCCCAUGCACUUUCUUUUGCGUUCGUACUAUUGGCUUUACAUCCCGAUAAGCAAGAAGAAAUGUAUCAACACAUCAAGCACGUACUGUCUGAUGGAAGAAUUCCUACUUAUGAUGAUAUGCUGUCAUUGACCUACUCUUCUGCCGUGUUCAACGAGGCACUGAGGAUGUUCCCCCCUGUAUGUGCAGUUUUGCCUUGUGCCAAAGACACGACCUUCACCCUCACGGAUGUGAAUGGGACGCUGAAAACAGUCGCUGUGCCUAAAGGAUUGGAUCUUACACUGGACUACUGGGAAGAUCCGUUCACGUUUAAACGUGAACGAUUCUUGAGUGACUGGAACAGAAAUGCAUUCCUCGCUUUCAGUGGUGGUUAUAGAGGGUGUGUAGGAAGAAAGUUCGCGGAAACCGAUGGUGCAGCCGUUCUCACCAUUCUAAUUUCGCAAUAUAUCACUUCGGUUAAGGACGAGCCACAAUUUGCUGGCGAAACGUAUGAACAGCGCAAGGAGAGAGUACUUGACGCAUGA